AUGUUUGGACCUGCUGAUCUGAAGCUGUGCGGCACCGCCCUCCUGCUGGUCCUGGGCGUGCUCGCCAACGUCUUCAACCUCGGCGUCAUGCUGGUGCAGCAGUGGAGGUCCGGAGGUGUGAAGACGCUGGCCGUCAUCAUCUGCUUCAUCUCUCUGGGUAACGUCCUGCUGCAGAUUUCCACUUUCAUCCUGGUGGCGUCAAUCUGGGCCGGCGUGCUCUGCAGCCCGGUCUUACCUUUCCUCUUCUGCGUGGUCGUGGUCGUUUGGCUCAGCAGCAGCUCCGUCAGCUUCUGGUCUGUCGCCUGGCUCAGCGUCUUCUACUGCGUGAGAGUUCUGAGCUUCUCCUCGGCUCUCUUCAGGGCUCUGAAGGAGAACGUCUCCAGCGUCCUGAACGCCGCCCUGUGUGUGACCCUGCUGACCUCCUGCCUCAUGUUCACACCUUUCUUCUUCCUCCACUUCCAAAGCCAAACUCUGCUUUCAAACGUGACAGAAAAAGCUGCUUGUGUCACCAGGAAGCCUCUGUUUCCCGCCUGGGUUGACGUCAACAUUUAUGUGAUCGUCUUCCUCUUCUACCUCACCCUGAUGCCGCUGACCGUCAUGCUCCCGACGUCACUGCGGCUCGUCGUCUUCCUCUGCCGACACACCGUGCAGAGGAGCAGCUCUCGCUCUGCAGAGUCCUACCUGCUCGUCUGCAGGCUGACCGUGGCUCUGGUCUGGGUUUACCUCGCCACGCUGCUCACCAUCUCGCUCUUCUACCUCCACGCCGUCUUCGCGUCAGGGCUGAGCGCCGACAUGCUCUUCCUCGGCUUGUCGUUUUACUGCGUGGCCUCCGCGAUCCUCCUCAGCUGCUCCAACAAAAACCUGAGAGAGAAGCUCAGAGUCCUGAUGUGCAGGAGGAACAACGCAGACAUCCUGACUGAGAGCGCUGCGGAUAAGAGCGGAGGAACAGCAAAAGUUUGAGAUCAUUAUAACAACACACACAGCUUAAUGUGCAUCUACUAUCACAUUCAGUUAGGAGAUCUUCUGACACUAACAUUUUGUGAAUGUUGAUGUCAACAAACUCCUGAGGACUGAGUCAAAAUGCAUAGUUGGCAUGUGAUGAUUAAAUAUUGCAUUAUAUCCAUUAAAUGUGUUUAAAUUGAGGUCCUGUUACGUGUUGAUAACUUGUGUUAGCUUGCUCACCGCGAUGUUGUUCAGUGUCAGGGUGAAAUUAUCCAUUGCAAUGUACUUCAUCAUCAAACAUGACAAGUCAAACAAAUCUUUCUAAACAGAUUUCUGCAUGUGAAUGAAUAUUAUUUAUAUACAGUGGCCGGCAAAGAUCUCUCAGAUUUCUUAGUUGUCCUCAUUUAAUGUUUAAAAAAGUGUUUUUCUUAUUUAAAGGAGCAGUCUGUAACUCUAACCCCCCU